AUUCUUUAGUGUUUUUGCGGGAGUAGAAGAAGAAGAAGAAGAAGAAGAAUGGCUAUCUUUCUUUCUUAAUCGCAUAAUAUUUUCUCAAUAGAAGUCUCUUCCUCAACACAAAUAUAUAUAUUUCAGGUGGCUAUAGUGAAAUGAUGUGAAAAAUUUAUUUAUUUUUCAUGGAGAUAGAUCUUGAACUUCCUUCACGUGAGCAGGAGAAGUUAGAGAAUGGGUCAAGUAGAAAUGAGGAUUUUAUGGAUGGAGUGGAUAGGAUACAUGUGUUGGAUGGAGAUAUGAAUUCUCCUUCGACUAGUGAACCUGUUGAGGAAGGCUGCGUGCCAAGCGCAAGUGAAGGUGUUACUGGUGGUGGGGAUCAGGUGGAUGUGAAUGCGGUGGGAGCCAAUGUUGUUCAUAAAGGGUUAAUUUGUGAGCCCCAGAAUGGUUUGGAAUUUGAAACGAAGGAGGCAGCUUAUUCUUUCUACAGAGAAUAUGCUCGGUCUGUGGGAUUUGGCAUCACAAUAAAAGCAAGUAGACGCUCAAAAAGGUCUGGAAAGUUUAUUGAUGUGAAAAUUGCAUGUUCUAGAUUUGGAAGCAAGCGAGAGUCUGGUACCACUGUCAAUCCACGAUCUUGUCCCAAGACAGGCUGUAAUGCAGGCUUACAUAUGAAGAGGAGGCAGGAUGAAAAAUGGGUUAUAUAUAGUUUUGUGAAAGAGCACAAUCAUGAGAUUUGUCCGGAUGAUUUUUAUCAUGCUAUGAGAGGGCGGAACAAGCAAUCUGGUGUAGUUGCUUCUCAAAAGAAAGGUUUGCAGCUGGCUCUUGAUGAAGGAGAUCUACAAGUGUUGCUUGAGCAUUUUAUGUGUAUGCAGAAUGAUAAUCCUAACUUCUAUUAUGCGAUAGAUUUGGAUCAAGAAAAACGUUUGAGAAGUGUUUUCUGGGUUGAUGCGAAAGGUAGGCAUGAUUACAGCUAUUUCAGCGAUGUAGUCUUCUUUGAUACUUUUUAUGUCAGAAACAACUAUAAAAUUCCAUAUGUUCCUAUUAUUGGAGUAAAUCAUCACUUCCAGUUCAUUUUGCUGGGAUGUGCAUUAAUUGGGGAUGAAACUACUUCAACUUUGGUUUGGUUAAUGCAGACAUGGCUUAAAGCAGUGGGUGGCCAGGCUCCUAGAGUGAUUAUCACUGACCAAGAUAAAUGCUUGAAUGAAGCAGUUGCAGAAGUCUUUCCAAACACUCGACACUGUUUUUGUUUAUGGCAUGUAUUAAGUAUGAUUUCUGCAAAUUUGGGUUGUGUUAUAAAUCAAUAUGAAAAUUUCAUGGCAAAAUUUAAUAAAUGCAUUUAUCGAUCUUGGACGGAUGAACAGUUUGAAAAGAGAUGGUCGAAGAUGGUUGAUAAAUUUGAACUCAGGGAAAAUGAAUGGGUGCACUCAUUGUAUGAAGAUCGUGGAAAAUGGGUCCCAACUUACCUGCAGAAUGCAUUUUUAGCUGGAAUGUCUACGGCUGAGCGAUCUGGAAGCAUCACUUCUUUCUUUGACAAGUACAUGAACAAGGAAGCUACAUUCAAAGAGUUCAUUGGGCAGUAUAAAAUAUUUUUGCAAUAUAGAUAUGAAAUGGAAGCUGAAGCUGAUCAUGAAUCUCGAAAUAAACAACCUGGAUUAAGAUCACUCUCAGCUUUUGAGAAACAAAUGUCAACGAUUUAUACAGAUGCAAUAUUCAAGAAAUUUCAGGUUGAAGUUUUAGGAGCGGUUUCUUGUCGUCUGCAAAAGGAAAGUGAAGAUGGGACAACUGCAGUCUUUCGAGUUGACGAUUUUGAAGAACGCCAGAAUUUCUAUGUGGCUUGGAAUGAAGCAGAGUUGGAUAUAUGUUGUUUAUGUCAUUCAUUUGAAUAUAGAGGCUUUCUUUGCAAGCAUGCAAUUCUUGUUCUCCAAAUGUCUGGUUUUUGUGAAAUCCCAUCUCAUUAUAUGCUAAAGCGCUGGACCAGAGAUGCAAAGAUGAGUCAAAAUGUUAGUGAAAUAUCAAGUAGACUCCAUUACCGGGUGCAGCGUUUUAAUGAUCUCUGUAAACGAGCUAUCAGAUUGGGUGAAGAAGGUUCUUUAUCUCAAGUAGCAUAUGAUAUUGCAUUUCAGGCACUAGAAGAAGCCUUGAAACAUUGUGUGGGUGUGAACAAUUCUGUCAAGGGUAUUUUGGAGGCAAACACAUUGUCUGGUCAGGGUUUUCUUGACAUUGAAGAGGAGAGUCGAGGCAACAAUAUGGCCAAGUCAUCCAAGAAAAAGAAAGCAUACAAGAAAAGAAAGGUAUGUCCAGAGCCUGGGAGAACAGUUAUUGGAUUGCAAGACAGCUGCCAGCAGAUGGAGUUGAUGAAUUCAAGAGCGCAUACUGUUAAUAAUUGCUAUGUUCCUCAGCAGGACAUGCAAGAGAUGGAAGCAGCCUCAAGAGCACCAACUCUUGAUGGUUAUUAUGAUUCUCAACAAAGUAUGCAAGGCAUGGGACAAUUGAACUCGGUUUCUCCUAUCCGGGAAGGUUAUUAUGGCAAUCAACAGGGCAUACAGGGACUGGGACAAUUACAUUCCAUUCCAGCGCGUGUUAGUCACUAUGGAACUCAACAGAGCUUACAGGGACUGUUGCAGGGACAGCUUGGUUUUAGAACAUCUACCAUGCACGGGUGUUUUGACAUUCAGGAUAGUUUACAAGAUAUGCAAAAUCCCCCAGACUCCACCCAGUUUCAGGGCAUUGCAUCAAAGCAUUUGCAUGAGAAGCAUCUCUCCCGGUAGUUGAAACAGUUGGCAUCCAUACACAAGAAUUUUUGUCAACUAAUCCUCUAGAUGUAAAUUUAUCUCU